AUGAAGCUCCUCUCGGGUCUUGCUCUUAUUCUUCAUAUCGGGGCUACCAUCCCGCUUGCGGGUGCCGUACAAGCCGAAUCACCAACAAGCACACUGGGACAGGAGGAUGUCAAAUCGAAGCCUCCGAAUUUUCUCUUCAUUAUGACCGAUGAUCAGGAUCUUCUGCUGGACUCGACUUCGUACACUCCGUUGACUUUGAAACAUAUUGCUGAAAAGGGCGCCACAUUCCACAACCAUUUUGUGACCACCGCAAUCUGUUGUCCAUCCCGAGUCAGCCUGUUGACUGGCCGUCAAGCUCACAACACCAAUGUCACAGACGUGUACCCUCCAUGGGGGGGAUAUCCCAAGUUUAUUGAGCAAGGGUUCAAUGAUAACUAUCUGCCUGUGUGGUUGCAAAAUGCUGGUUAUGACACCUACUACACGGGAAAGCUUAUGAAUGCGCAUUCUGUGGAGAACUAUGAUAGUCCAUAUGCUGCUGGCUUCAAUGGUUCGGAUUUCGUCCUAGAUCCGUACACUUACGAUUACAUGAAUGCAACGUACCAGCGGAACAAAGAGGCCCCUAAGAGCUACCUCGGACGACACACGACUGAGAUUAUCCGGGAAAAGGCACUUGGCUUUUUGGAUGACGCCAUUGCCGGCGAACGUCCCUUCUUUGUGGCAGUCAGUCCGAUCGCGCCUCAUUCAAACUUCAACGGGACAUAUGGAGCUGGCAGCGGCCCCUUAUGGAUGGAUGAGCCAAUCCCCGAGAAGCGUCACGCUCAUCUGUUCCCAAAUGCAAAGGUUCCCCGAACGGCCAACUUCAACCCUCGCAACCCCACUGGCGUGAGCUGGGUUAGUAAGCUCCCAUACCGAAACCAAAGUGUCAUUGACUACAAUGAUCACUACUAUCGUCAGCGCCUUCGCGCCUUGCAAGGUGUUGAUGAGCUUGUGGACUCUCUGAUCACCCGCCUGAAAAAGUCCGGCAAGAUGGACAACACAUAUAUCAUCUUCACCUCUGACAACGGCUUCCAUAUUUCGCAACAUCGAUUGCCGCCUGGAAAGACGUGUGGUUUUGAAGAGGAUAUUCGAGUGCCCUUUUUUGUCCGUGGACCUGGAAUCCCCGAGGGGCAUCAAGAGUACGCAGUAACUACACACAUCGACUUGGCCCCAACUUUCUUCGACCUAGCUGGCAUUUCCCUCAGGUCUGAUUUUGAUGGAACACCCCUUCCACUCCUGAGUAAUGCAGGAACUGUUCAUGAACACGUUGCUGUUGAAUAUUGGGGACAAGCUAUGUUCGAGGGUGGCUUGUCUAACCUGGGAACACCCACCGUACCAAAUAAUACCUACAAAGCCGUUCGCAUCUUGGCAGAUGAAUACAAUCUGUUCUAUUCCGUAUGGUGUAACAACGAACAUGAGCUUUACGAUCUCUCGAACGACCCACACCAAGUGAACAAUCUCUGGACAAACUCGUCAGCCGAGAGUGUUGAAAUCCUUGGACGCAAGCUCAACCAGGUCAUCCCUAGACUCGACGCCGCACUCAUGGUUUUGAAGUCUUGUAAAGGCUUCGAGUGUAUUAAACCAUGGACCACUCUACAUCCUGACCAUUCUGUGAACAACUUGAAAGAAGCUUUGGAUGAGAAAUAUGAUGUGUUUUACCAAAAGCAGCCCAAGGUGUCUUACGACCGGUGUGAAUAUGGGUAUAUUAUUGACGCUGAAGGCCCACAGCACCCUUUCAGCCUCAGGAUGGGGUAUAGUCUGGACCAAUGGAUUUAA